AUGCGCCGAUCCGGUACUCUUAGUCGUGCAAUGGUUGAUAAUGGUGAUCUCGAGCUACUUUACUGGAUGAACACCUCAGAUUCGGAGACUGAGACUGAGAAAUACGAUGCUUACAUGUCUUCCCUUGGCAGCUUCGAUAUGGACGCCUUUUCUGACACAGUGUACCGUCGCGUAAAGGACAUCGAGCAUAUGGCUCGAAAGCUGCAGCGGGACGCACGCUCCUACCGCGAGAAAGCCCAUGCUCUGCAGAAAGAUGCCCACGACAAGAUUGCGUUCAAGAACUUCAAGGAAGGAGACCUCGCUUUGUUCCUGCCUACUAGGAAUCAAACAACGGGAGCAUGGGCGGCUUUCAACAUUGGCUUCCCCCAUUACUUCCUCCGCGAACAGGAGGCACAUCGCCUUCGCAAUCGUGAAUGGCUCUUAGCACGUAUUGGCCGUGUCCAGGAACGUGUGGUUGACCUUUCCAAGAGCCUGCAUCACCAGCAAACUCCUGGUGGAGCUGGAGAGACUGACUCGCUGAAUGAAGAAGAGAAUGACAAUCCUUUUGACCUGUCAGAUGGUCUGCGCUGGUACCUUAUUGACGCGCACGAGGACAAGCCCGGCGCUCCAUCAACGCCCGGGAUGUCCAAGACCACCGUGGCCGCUAAUAAUGUCGAAGCCGUGGCGGAAAAGACACAUGCGCGCACGUCGUCUGGAAAAGGACUAGGUUUGGUUGGCCACCGCCCUACCGGCAUCGAUGGCGUGAGCAAGUCUUUGUCAAAGAGCUUGGAGAGUCGACGCUCUAGCACAGGCUCUAAGAAGGCCUUGCCAUUUGCCGUCGGUGUAGUAGGAGGGCGAGGAAGCGCAUUGGCUAGUGAGACAAACUCGCUUCGCGCCGUUGCUGCUGAGAGCCCUAUUGCGACAAGCCCGACAAUGCAGCACAGCACCCCUCAAGUAGCUCAACCGCUAGUCAGCCCGCCAGCUGAUGAUGCCCAUGAUCAAUCGGAGGAACCAAACGAGGAGCAUGGCUCUCCCUCGAGAGAGCGCUCACAGGAGCAUGCAGGUCAGCAACAGUCGCUGCAAGCAUCCGAGGUGCGCAACAAGAUGGAUUCCCUGCUCGGACCUUGA